AUGAGCGGCAUACAAUAUGACGACCUUGCUUGUGCGAGAAUCGACGCUCAGUACGAUGCGUUUCGCAAAAAUUUCCUCUUGAAAGAGAAUUUAAGCUUAGCCGGUGAUUUCAUGGUGAAGGCAAGUGAGGGUGGAAUGCCAAUAGAACUUAGCCUUGUCCAAGUAGGUGGUUUUAAUGCUGGUUUGACGAUGAGUUUCAAAAACAGCGUUCCGCUGUUGAUUCGAUUUCCCAGGCCAGUGAUCUCCAGAUUUUCCGAAGAAAAGAUCCGUCGGGAGGUGGCUAUAAUGCAAUAUCUUACCGACUUGACCGCCAUCCCAGUGCCUUUCGUUUUACGCUUUGGCAUGUCUAAUGAAGAGCCUGGGUUGGGUCCGUAUAUUCUUAUGGAGUUUAUUCGUCACACCCGCUCUAUGAGCGAUGUGCUCAAUACACCUGGUUUCGAGAAGGCGGACAGACCUAUCCUAGACCCUCGCAUAUCAGAAACGACCCUCAAGUGCGCUUAUAGUGAUAUGGCCAACGUUCUACUUCAGCUUUCACAGCCCUCGUUUUCCAAAAUUGGUUCGAUUGAAAAGCUCGGAGAUGGAAGCUGGUCAGUCACUCACCGGCCGUUGACGAUGAAUAUGACCCUGCUGGUUUCAUAUGGAAAUCUUUCGCCAAGUACUCUACCUUCUAAUAUGUUCAAAACCGCAUCCGCGUAUUUUGAAGCCCUUGCCAAUCUUAAUAUCACUCAUUUGUCUAUUCAGCGCAAUGAUGCAAUUGAAGACGCCGAAGACUGCAGAUGGAAAUAUGUCGGACGCUAUGCUUUUCGCAAGCUUAUAUUAGAACGGCAUUUUCCAACAAAUCCCGUUAGCGGACCUACGCCGUUCAAGUUAUUUUGUGAUGAUUUUCGACCCUCAAAUGUACUUGUCGAUGAACACGACAAGCUCGUCGGGGUUAUAGAUUGGGAGUGGACUUAUGCUGCGCCUGCCGAAUUCGCAUAUAGCCCUCCUUGGUGGCUGCUUCUCGAGCCUCCCGAAGAAUGGCCCCAUGGGAUCUUGGAUUGGGUGAAGGAGUACGAGCCGCGACUGAGAACCUUCUUAGAAGUGCUUAGAAAAGCAGAAGAUUCUAUGAUCGAAGACAGGCGGUUGAUAGAGCGACUAUCGGUGCGGAUGCAGGAAAGUUGGGACACUGGCGAUUUUUGGGUUGCCUAUGCGGCUCGGAAAAGUUGGGCUUUUGAUCAGGUUUUUUGGAAAAUCAUCAAUCGGAAUCCCAGGUUUUUUCCAAAACCUGGGUAUGAAGAAGCACUUAAGCUACUCUCCAGAGAAGAACAAGAUGGUAUGGAAGACUUUGUGCAGAGAAAGUUGAAAGAAAAGGAGGAGCGUAUUUUAGUUGACUGCGAGGAGACAGUCGACUUUUGA